AUGUCUUCUCUUGCUACAAUAAUUAAAGACGAUUCACUGACGUCUACAUUGCGCAUUGGUUUUUACAGCCUUGCUGCCUGUUCUGUCGUUGGUUUAGCAGCCUAUGUAGGCUACAAAGCAGCAGGACCUAAUAAAACAGCACAUGCUCUUCAAAAUCGCCAUCCGGAAUCAAAUGAGCAGAUUGAAAAAGUUCUUGAAUCAUUGCGUCUUGACGAUGAGAAGCUUCGUCACAUAAUGCAAUUACUUGAACAAGAAAUGGAUGCUGGUCUUUCUCCUGCUACACAUAAAAAUGCUGAUGUUAAAAUGUUUCCUACAUAUGUUAGAAAUAUUGCUGACGGAUCUGAAACCGGUCAAGUUCUUGCAUUAGAUUUAGGUGGAACAAAUUUUCGUGUUUUACUUGUUACUUUAUUACCACAAUCAAGAGUUGAUUUAAAAUCAAAAAUAUUCGUUAUACCACAAUCAAUUAUGCUUGGUGAAGGUGUUAAUCUUUUUCGUCAUCUUGCGGAUUGUCUUUUGGAUUUUAUGAAAAAAGAAAAUAUUCUUAAAACAAAUAUUCGUUAUCCAUUAGGUUUUACAUUUUCAUUUCCAUGUAAACAAGAAGGCCUUGCAUCAGCGCGAUUAACAUCUUGGACAAAAGGUUUUACAUGUGCAGGUGUUGUUAAUGAAGAUGUUGUUAAACUACUUCAAACAGCAAUUGAUGAAAAAGGUAUUAAUGUACAAUGUGUUGCACUUGUCAAUGAUACAGUUGGCACAUUAAUGGCAUGUGCAUAUAAAGAUCCAAAUACAGCAAUUGGUCUUAUAUUAGGUACAGGUACAAAUGCAUGUUAUAUGGAAAAAAUAGGUCGAGUUGGUACAUGGGAUGGUGAUUAUAAUGAACCAAAACAAGUUAUUAUUAAUAUGGAAUGGGGAGCAUUUGGUAAUAAUAAUCGUUUAAAUCAUAUACGUACAAAAUAUGAUGAAGAAGUUGAUCUCUCAUCAGUUAAUCCUGGCAAACAAAUUUUUGAAAAAAUGAUUAGCGGAAUGUAUAUGGGCGAAAUUGUUCGUUUGAUUAUACUUGAUUUAAUGCAACAAGAUCUGUUAUUUAUUGGUCAACGUGAUGGUUACGGAGAUUAUAGUACACCAUUAUUUACUCGCGGUGGUUUUUAUACAAAAUUUGUUAGUACUGUGGAGACAGAUGAAGGUAUUGCAUUUGCAAAUACAAGACGUGUCCUAGAAGAUAUCGGUAUUAGAAACCCAACAUUUGAUGAUUGUGCUAUUGUACAACAUAUUUGCAAGAAUGUUUCGAAACGUGCUGCAAGAUUAGCUGGCGCAAGCCUUGCUGUAAUAGUCAAUCGUAUAAAUAAACCUAAUAUAACUGUUGGUGUUGAUGGUUCACUCUAUCGUUACCACCCAAGGUUCAAGAGAAAUAUGGAAAAAUGUAUGAAAACUGUUGUCAAUAAAAAUAUCAAAUUCAAAUUAACGUUAUCUGAUGAUGGUAGUGGUAAAGGAGCGGCAUUGAUUGCAAUCGUUGCUGAUCGUUUUCAAAAACAGCAAUUAAGAUCAAGUUUUGAUGAAAAUGAAGAUGAAGAAAUUCGCGAACAAUUUCAAAAAACUGCAGAAGAUCCAACUAUACCCAUCCCUCAAGCCACGACUAGCACAUUACUUAGAACGCUACCUUCAACUUGCUGUUUUUGA